CUAUUUUAAGCUGGUCGUGACUUGCGACUUUUGUUUUCCUCAGCUUUAGUUUUUCUUAGUAAUAGUGUUUACAAUUAUCACCAGAAACUAGAUGUACUGCCUUUUAAAAGUCAAAAUUUCUUACUGGGGAUUUGGUUUGCUAGAAAAGUUGAUGUAUUUUUGGUUGACUAAACGUUCUACUUUAAUUAGCGUAUUCGAAUACGAACAAUUACAUAGAAACAAGUAAAUUAAUUAGAAAAAGUCGCCGCUGUAUUUCUUCAUGGAAAACUAGUUUUUCAAACGUAAUUCUUAUCAAGGCAGUCAUAUAUAUAUAUAUAUAUAUAUAUAUAGUGGAGGAACGUCAGGAGAUGCAGUCCCAUGAUAGCUGGUGACCGACAAUAGGUUCAUACGGCAUUUGUUUCCUUAAGAUCCUGGAGCCCAUAUGCACCAUUGGUAUGGAAUCAGGGUUUUCUAACCCCCAGGUGGAUUGUCCGUAUCCACCAACCCGGUGGGAGCAGGACAUUCGCUUUUCGUUCUCUCAACUUCGAAAACAACAAUUAUCUCAUAGCAUGUAAGAGUAUUUCGAGAGGGAGCGUUGACUUUCCCCACUUUCAGCCGUACCGGGAUAUUCGGGGGUGUUUUUACAUCGUCAUCAUAAUUAAUGAGUUUGUGGGCUAUUCAAAUUAUGAAACGACUAAAAUUGUAAUUUGAUGCUUGAUCGACUCUGAUGUACUGUAGUUCGAUGAACGUUUCUAGUUUCCCAUCACUUGCAUCCAAAGAAAGAAAACGAACAUUGUCACUCAUUCUAUCCAGUGACUGGAAACAACUGGAUAGUUUAAUGACAUUCUGAUCGUUGUUUUUGUGCUCAUUCAGUAAUCUUUUUGAUUUAAAUACAAUGCAUAUCACUCCAUAAACCUUCCGGACCCUGAUAUUUAAUUUUACGUUUAACGACAUACAGUAUGAGGUUUAUACAGCUAAUAAUUGGCUGUGAACAAUGUGUUUACUGUUUUUCCUGACUUUGUUUAUUCAGUAUACUCUGAGGAUAGAAUCUGAUGUAUUUUCACAGCUUGAACAAUAUGAGUUAUUUGAGAGACCAUCCUUUCGUAUCGCUCGAGAUAUUAGUGGACGGCAGACCAGGCAAACUGUAUUUUAUGCAUGGGGAAGAUCAUGGUAUUUGGUUCUUCAUCGUGAAACAUCGUUUCAUAAUUUUAACUUGUCAGUCAGAUUUAUCAGUACAAAUGGUACCUACUCUUUUUAUCCGAAAACAAAAUAUGCAGAAUUACAUACUGGCUAUGUAUCAGGUUCAAACCAAUCAUUUGUGUUAGCUCAUUUGGAACCAUACACUUCACUGCUUAGCGCUCAUAUUCAUAUGGAAUCAGAUAUUUUUGUUAUUGAGCCAUUGUCUGAUUACACAAGCUAUAUUGGAAAUAAUUCUAUGUUAAUGUAUCGCGUAAGAGAUAUUCAAUUUAAAAAGAUACUAAAUAAAUCGAUGAAUUAUAAAUCAGCCACUUUAUUGGCCCUAGAAACUGAUACAUUUGAUGUCUAUAUUAGACGAAAACGUUUCAACCCCAUACAAUUACAGCGCAAACUUUGUCGCCUUACACUCGUCGCUGAUUACGAUUUUUUCACUAAUUUGGGAAAUAGAAAUGGACCUAAAACUAUCAGUCAUGUUAUUAAAGUAUUUGACCGGUUAAAUUAUCUGUUUCUUACUUCGAAAUUUUUGGAUGAUAAGCAUGAUGAAAUGAUUGGCUAUGGCUUUUUAUUACAUGAGAUCGUAAUCCAUGAAUCAUGGACAGCUGAUCACGGUCACUAUAAUUCACCAACUGAUUUAGGUGGGAAAAUCUGGACAGCUACAUCCCUGUUGCGUGCAUUUAGUCGAUUCGAUGCGAAACAGUCUUGUUUGGCUCAUUUACUUAGCUACAAAAGAAUAGAUGAAGGCAUUUUAGGGAUGUCUUGGUUGGCCUCCCCGGAUCCAAAGAAGUUAGGCGGUAUUUGUUCCCCACCUCUUCGUCGAAAUAAUAAAAAGGAUCUCUAUUUAAAUACAGGAUGGACUACUUAUGUAGAUUAUAAUGGUCAACAACUAGUUAACGCUUUGGCUGAAUUAAUCACGGCUCAUGAAUUAGGACAUAGUUGGGGCGCAGAUCAUGAUCCUGACACAGAUGAAUGCAAUCCUGCAGCUAUAAGUUCUGGAAAAUAUUUAAUGUAUACCUAUUCAGUUUCAGGUUACGCUGAAAAUAAUGGAAAAUUUUCACCAUGUAGUUUACGGACAAUUGGCUCUUGUUUGGUUACUCGUGCUCCAUUAUGUUUCGAAGAUUCAUCUGCGGCUCUUUCAAAUCUUUGUGGUAACAGUCGCAUUGAUGAGGGUGAAGAAUGUGAUGCUGGUCGAAAUCCACAUGAUCCUUGUUGUAGUUCUGAGUGUUAUUUUAGAACAGGUGCUCACUGUUCACCUUGGAAUCAUGGUUGUUGUACUUCUGAUUGUCAAUUAGCACCAAAGAAUACCAUUUGCGCACAAACUAGCAGUACUAAUCCUUGUUUAGGACCUGGUCAAUGUAAUGGUUUAUCAUCUAUUUGUCCAGGUCCAACACUUUUAUCCGGUGGUCAAUGUGAUGAAUAUGGGCGAUGUUUUCAGGGUAAAUGUCAUCCGUUUUGUUCUAGUCUUGGACUGGAAACUUGUAUCUGUGAUUCAGUUGAAGAAUCCUGCUUUAUUUGCUGUUUAUUUCCAACAUCAAAUUCAACCACAAAUCAAAGCACCAUAUGCCUUCCUGUUACAUUGUCCCAAAAUGAAUAUCUAUUACAUUCUAAACAGAAUACUGUAAAACAUUCAGAAUCUUAUAAAUCCUAUUCAAUGACUUAUCAUUCAAGACGAUCAACUCUGUAUUCUAUGCAUAAGUUUUUACUAUCCUCGUCUAACAUAUUACGGUUGUAUGAUAAACACUCACCAAAUGAUACAUAUCAUUUUGUUGUUGAUAAUAAAACUCAAAAACUAGCUACAACUGAUUUUAACAAUAUUAAUUCAUACUAUCAUAAACAACCUUUAGUACAUAUUCAUUUGCAAGAUUAUCGGCCAUGUCUUAAUGGUUAUUGUAUGGCGGGAAAAUGUAUAGAAUCGAAAAGUAAGCGGAUAUUACGAUUUUGGACACCAGUUCAUUAUUCUAAACACAAGAAUCUCGGCACCAUUGCUUGGGACAAUCUGGUAUUUUUCGCAGUCUUCUUAUCACUUAUCGUAUGGAUACCAUUGAGUGCAUGUGUUGCUUACUUAAAUAGGUAUCAUGAACGAAAUUGUUAAUUACUAAUUAAAAAGUUAUGAAUCGACGAGCCACAUAUUCUGUCAAUCAUAUGAGAAACAAUAUUUACCUUCAAGCAGCAUUUUUAGUGAUUCACAUAUUUUCCACAUAUAAAUAUUUUAAAAGUAUACAACAUUAUUAUAAUCUAUUGAACUUUUUCUCGAUCAGUUUCUAUCUUGUUUAUGAUAUAAUUUGUUAUUGUGUCCCCAUUCAAUCCAACCUUUUAUCAUACUUUGUAUACAUAAUCUUCCCAAUUGUGUUUUCUUGUUUUCAAAUGUAUAAAAACUGUAGUAUGUAUAUGUAAAAUCUGUUUUUCUUUAUUCUUCUUGUGUGUGUAAUUUUUACUGAAGUUUCUCUUUUUUUAAACUUAAUUUCUUAGGAGUCAGAUUUUUAAGUUCAGUCGCGUGAAAAGUGAGAUAAAUACCGUUGAGUUGUUUGUUUUUCGUUUUCUCUCUUUAAUAUUUCAUCCACUUUAUGCAUUAUGUAUCAAUUUGUUCAUUUGUUCAAUGUCAAAUUUUAUUUUUUAUAUCAAAACUUUGAACAUUUUUCCUCUAAUUUACGUUUAAUUCUAACUUGUUUUGUAUUAUGAUUUGUAUGAGUUUGAGUUUAAGGUAAGAAUACAACGAGAGAUACUUUUAAUAUGAAAGCGGAUGUAAUACGACUAAAUAGGUAUGUCAGAUCGUGAAUACAUUCAAUGAAAGUUUUUAACGAUAACAACUUACAUUCGAGUAAGAAUAGAUGUGAUACAUUUCAGGAAAGUUUUCAUUCCUCAAGAAAUGUCAUUAAGAUAAACAUAGCAGAGUAUAUAUAUAUAGUUUUUCAUUCUUUCCUAACCUAUAAACUAAGGUAUGAAUUACAUGUAAUUGUCAAGUUGAAGAAGUUAUGAUAAUAUUGACAAGUGAGAAAAACUAAGAUAAGAAUUAUUAUUUUGUCAACAUCAACAGGUUACUAUAUUACACUGUCAUUAUUCAUUUUUGGCGUAUUUAUUUAUUUAUUUAUUUGAACACAUAAAUAAUUGGUACAAGGGGGCACCAAAUAUAUGUGCGCCACAAAAUAACAUUGAGAAUGGGAAGACAAAAAGAAUAUGAAGUGCGUAUAAGAGAGAAGAAAAAACAGAGAACAAUAACGACCACAGAUUAGUGUAUGGUAGUGUAAUGAUAAUAAUAAUGGGGGGAACGGAAAGGUACAAACAGAAAGAAUUCUUUUAAUUAAGGAAGUUACAACAACGUUUUGUGGAGAAAGUAAACGAAGGUUACAACAGGAUCGCCACUGGCUUCUAUUCUGAGCCAUAUCUGAUAACGUCUCUAGCCACUGUGUUGCACCAUCUCUCGGACCCCAGCCAGGGAGUCCUGAAGGACCAACAGAAGCCAGUCCUUUGCAGCUUUCUUUCAUGCCACGACACCAUGUCAUGUACUGACCACCUCUCCGCUCCUUCCAACCAGUCCCAGAGUCGGCAAAUAAUGCACGACGUGGAAUUCUCUGUGACGACAUUCGUAGAACAUGUCCAAGCCACCGAAGUCGGUGUUUCAAGAUGGUGACACCAAUUGCAUUAUCAUCUCUGUGCCCGAACACACGAUACCUUACCUCUGCAUUACUGACAUGAUGUUGCCACUGGAUGUCAACAAUCCUUCGGAGACAGCGAUGAUCGAACACAGAGAAUCGUCUAACAUCCUCACCUCGGAGAGGCCAGGUUUCACAAGCAUGGAGCAAAACUGCUCUCACCGACGCGUUGUAGAUCCGACCUUUUACAGCCAGACUAACAUCACGAAGGCGCCAAAGAUGGCCCAGAUUGGCAUAAGCCGCUCUGGCUUUCACUAUACGUGCACUGAUCUCAUCACUCAUACCCCCACCAGCACUCAUACAGCUACCUAGAUACACGAACUUCUCGACUACUUCUAUCUGCUCACUUCCCAGGGUGAGUGCAGGAUCAGGGUCCUGUCAGUCUUGUAGAAGUACUUUCCACUUCGAAGGUGCAAAGCACAUACCAUACCUACGGACACUGAAUGCCGACUGACUAAGUGCGGAUUGCAUGCCUUGGGCAUUAUCGCACAGUAAGACAAUAUCAUCCGCAUACUCAAGAUCGAAAAGUUUCUCCAGGCAACAGAUCCACACCACCAUUAUUUACAUCCUCGCGAGUCAACCAUUCUCGGGUUUUGAACAACCUACGAAGUAUGACGGAAGCCAAUAGCUUGGACGCAAUCGGAAGUAGGCUUAUCCCCCGAUAGUUGUUACAGGAACGACGUGAACCCUUUUUAAAGAUAGGGACAACUAUCGACUCAUUCCAUGAUGUUGGUACACUCUCUAGUUCCCAAACCUUUGUAAACAACGUCGUCAAUUCCUUAGUCAAAGAGUCACCACCAUUUUUAAAAGGAGCCGGAGGUAAGUCAUUUGGGCCAGGUGAUUUGUAACGCUUCAAGAGUUGGAGUUCCUUGCGGACUUCCUCCUCAUUUGGUGGAUCAGUCUUCACCGGCCAUGGAGGGCAGGACAGUCUGACCGAUGUUGCCGGAGCAGCAGGCCAGUUGAACUGCCCUUCGAAAAAUUCUGCCCAUCGUCCAAGACGUCGAUGGAUGUUAGUGAUUGGCAUCCCAUCAUCCUCGCAGAUUGUUUCGAUCACACCAGACUUCUUGCUGCCAGUGG